AACAUACGAGUGAGGGGUCUCUCCAGAUGCUUUAACUGUCUCUGUGUACCGUCUUUCCCUCAUCCAGGACGUUGAAUAGGCAAAAGAAGUGAGCAGGAUUCAUAUCAACCAGAUCUGGCCAUCUCUGCCUCUCUUCCUAUUGGUCAUUCUUUCUCUCUCUCUCUCUCUUCUCAGUCAUUCUGCUCGCUCAGACUUGGAUUGAGGACAAUACAGUUCUCACAGACUGCUAGUACUCGGACCGUCUCAGUAGGAACAGAAGACAACGUAAAGACCGGACCACAAGAAGGAGUGUCUUUGUGAUGCUUUAUUCCAGGAACAGAUGGACAUUAAAGUGGACGUUUCUUUUUAUACGUUUUUGAAGUCUUUGCCGACUUUGACACAAAGUCCUCUGUGAACGGAGAGACCUGUGACUUGGGACCAUAUCAAAAAGGUGAAGAUGAGGUCCAGGAGCAGCGAUACGGAGGGGCCAGAGGACAGACCACUGAAGCCGCUCGUGAAAAUCCACAGCACUGAGAAAGAGAGAAGCAAACAAGAGCUGAUGAAGGAGAAAAGCAAAGCUCGGGAGGAAAAUGACAGCAGUGAGGAGAAGGCUGUUUCUGGGAUGCAAAAGCCACGUGAAAUGCAGAGGAGAGCCGCACUGAUGGACCUCUCCAAAGAAGAUCUCAUCCAUCUGCUGGGAGUCAUGGAGGGAGAAGUCCAGGCCCGUGAAGACAUUAUCCACAUGCUGCAGUCUGGGAGAACACGACCUGAAGUUCUGGAGGCUCAUUACGGAUCUGCGCUUCCAGUCAAACCUCUUCAAGCUCUGCAGAGAGACAGUCUGAUGACCAGCGGAGACUUGAUCAGAGACGACGUCUAUGAGAUCCCGAUGAUAGAGCUGGACCGUUUGGAGGAGAAGCAGCGUGAGACGUACAGACGGAUGUUAGAGCAGCUGCUCUUAGCUGAGAAAUGCCACCGACGCACCGUCACCGAACUGGACAGCGAAAAGCGCAAACACGUCGACUUCAUGAACAAAAGCGAUGAUUUCACCAACCUGCUGGAGCAGGAGAGAGAGAGACUCAAGAGACUGUUGGAGCAAGAGAAGGCAUAUCAGGCUCGCAAGGACAAGGAUCACAGCAAACGUCUUGAGAAAGUUCGGGAGGAGCUGGUAAAGUUGAAAUCAUUUGCCCUGAUGCUGGUGGAUGAAAGGCAGCUUCACAUUGAACAGAUUGACCAGGAAAGACAGAAGGUCCUGGAUCUCAGUAAGAAGCUACACGAACGAGAGCAGCAGUUGGAGCUCAUCAACAGCAAAGCUAAAGAAGACAGUCAGAGGAUCCAAAGGCUGGAGCUCGACCUAGAACAAAAGACCUCCAAAUCUUCACAGGAACAUGAGGAGAUGACCGCCAACCUGGCCAAGCAGGAGUCUGAAAGUCGACAGCUGCGUCUGAAGCUGGCCAGCAUGUCACGCAGGAUUGAGGAGCUGGAGGAGGCCAAUCGUACGCUGCAGAAGUCUGAAGAGGUCCUUCAGGAUCUGCGGGACAAAAUAAGCAGAGGGGAGUGCGGGAACUCGAGCCUCAUGGCUGAGCUGGAGAACCUUCGGAAGAGAGUUCUAGAAAUGGAGGGCAAGGAUGAGGAAAUCACGAAAACAGAAGCGCAGUGCAAGGAGCUAAAGAGGAGGCUCCAAGAUGAGGAGAAUCACAGCCGUGAGCUGAAACUAGAGGUUGAAAAACUGCAAAAGAGGAUGGUGGACCUGGAGAAACUGGAGGGAGCUUUCAAUGUGAGCAAAUCUGAAUGUGCCCAGCUUCACAACAAUCUGGAGAAAGAAAGAACCUUGACAAAGAGCUUGAUAUGUGAGCUGGAAACAGUUAAAAACCAUAUCAAAGAACUUGAGUGCUCAGAAUCAAGGCUGGAAAAGGCUGAGAUGGGUUUAAAGGAUGACUUGACCAAACUAAAGUCAUUCACGGUGAUCCUAAUGGACGAGAGGAAGAACAUGGCAGAACGAAUCAAACAGGAAGAGCAGAAAAGCGAGGAGACUAACGAACUGUUUAAAGCUGAGCAAUGCAAAGUCAUGGAGGUCACAGAAAAGCUGAUUGAGGAAAGUAAGAAGCUUCUUAAACUGAAGUCCGAAAUGGAGAUGAAAGUGUCUGGUCUUACCAAGGAGAAAGAUGACCUGAAAUCUAAACUUGCAAGUGAAGAAGAGAAAAUAAAGGAUUACAGUAUAAAGUUAUGCCAGAUGCAAACUAAAUUGGACAAGCAAGAGGAAGCUAAGUGGGAAUCUCCAAGAAACAGAGAUAAUGUAGAAGUUGGGUAUCCCAAUGAGGACAACAAGGUUAAAGAGCUCACAAUGGAAAUUGAGAGACUCAGGAACCGACUUAAACAGCUUGAGGUUGUGGAGGGUGAUUUGUUGAAGACAGAGGAUGAGUAUGACAUGCUUGAGAAGAAGUUCAGAACCGAGCAAGACAAAGCCAAUGCCCUUUCCCAGCUCCUGGAGGAAAUGAAGACACAGAUCACCAAGAACAAAGCCAUAGAAAAAGGAGAGUUGGUAAGCCAAGAAGCUGAGCUGAGACUACGCUGCAAGAUGGAGGAGUCCAAAACCAGAAAUCUCCAGGCUGAUGUCCAAGCUCUAAAGGAGAAGAUUCAUGAGCUCAUGAACAAGGAGGAUCAACUAUCUCAGCUUCAGGUGGACUACACGGUUCUCCAGCAGCGGUUCAUCGAAGAGGAGGAUAAAAAGAAAAACAUGAGUCAAGAAGUUAUCAAACUAACCAAAGAGUUAGAAGCUACGAAGCGUUACAGCCGUGCACUUAGACCCAGCAUGAAUGGAAGGAGGAUUGUGGACGUUCCUCUCACUUCCACUGCAGUACAGACCGAGGCAGACAUGAACGAACACAUCGAAGACGAGACUGCGGCUGUGUUCAUCCAGAAGUCUGUUCUAGAGGAAAAUCAGGUCAUGAGUAAACUGAGGCAGAAAGGUCUCAAGAAGCCGACCGUGUUGGACCGUUACCCGCCGGCGGCUGCAGAGUUGGGGACGAGGAAGUCUUGGAACCCUUGGAUGAAGAAGAAAGAAGCGGUUACUAUCUCUCAGGGAGUUCCAUCAACCAAGGAGGUCAAUGGAACAACAUCACGGACAUCACCAGAACUAACCAUGUCUCAGAAACCCGGUCAGCCCCUUCAUAUUAAAGUGACUCCAGACCAUCAGAGCAGCACUGCCAAGUUGGAGAUCACCGGUCCAUGUGCUGACGACUUCUUCUCCAGUACCACCAUCAUCCCAACUCUUGGCCUUCAGAAACCACGCAUCACAAUUGUUCCUACUUCUAUGCUGCCAAAGUCAAAAACCAAUGAAGGGCCAGCUGAACGGACAAAGUCUCCAGUCACUAUAACAGCCAUCUCCAGAGCUAAAUCUCCAGAGAAGGGUAAGGGCUCUUACUCGGAGCAUCCUGCUUCUCCUCUGUCCAUCAUAACCAUUAGCGCAACUCCAGUCUCCCAGACAUCCAUCUCCCCAGAACCCCAUGAGAUGACCAUGGGCAGGGCCGUGUUCAAGUUGACCCCUGAAAAGCAGACCGUCCCAACGCCCAUCCGGAAAUACAACUCCAAUAUUAUAACCACAGAGGACAACAAGAUCCACAUCCACCUGGGGUCACCAGGGUUCAAGAAACCUCAGGAUGACAGAAGUGGCUUGGUUACAGUUUGGCCUAAUGGAGUAAGUUCAGACAGCAGAGAGAUGCCAACGGGGACAGUUCUGCGCUCUCCCAGACAGACUUCAGCUAAUGUCGGAAACAUGAUCCAAGGCAAGAUGACCAGCAGCAUCACAAUAACUCCCAUCACCUCGGCCCCAUCCAGGUCUACUCAAUCUGUGCAUGGAACGGAUGGGCAGUCAUCUCGCUCCACAGCAACACGAAUCCCCAUGUCAAAAGAGAACGUUUUGCUCCAAGUGAAUCGAGAGCCACGCUGAGGCUGUUUCAAAUCUGGUCCUUAACACUGUAUGCCUGCCUGAGAGGUCUACAACCGCCCUGCAUACACAUACCAACAGAACGAGGGGCGAACCUGUCAAAGCCGGGUCAAGCAGAUGGAUCUGUAGUUAUGCACCAUAUAUGCAUACAGAUUAUAGCAGUGAUUCAAGACCAGGAGACAGUCAGACGGCAGAUUGAUGAACCCUGGAUGCCAGAGAGUAAAGAAAGAGAUGAAAAUUGUAGAACAUGAAAAGUUACAGCAUGUGAGAAGAAGAGAAAACUAGGAUGUUUUUUACACGUACUUUGAGAAAAUCAAAAUUCACCCCAAUUACUUUCAUUGUGUUCAGAUGAAUUUUAUUUAUCCCUAAAAAAAAAAAAAGAAUUUCCCAAAGAAUUUCGAUAAUUUUGAACUUUCUUAGGAUCCUCUAAAAACAUUUUUAGCACCUUGUUACACAAGUUCAGCAAAAAAAUUGCUUAUAAAUUUAUUUUGCUAUAUCAUAACCAAAUAUUUCUUAACUUGAUUCAGUCUUUAUUAACUUGUUUUCUUUCAAUUAGAACAGGUUUUGUGUUUGUUUUUGUAACUUACUGCUCAUAGGCUUCAUUAAUCUGGCCUCAUGCACCUGAGUAAAGUUUUUGUGUAAACACUGACAAAAUGAUCCACAUAGAAUUCCUUUUUCAAUUAAAAAUGAGCUCAAAUCAUGUGAGGCCUAUGAUCAAUCAAUCAGUUCCAAAAAGAAAUACAAAACCUGUUCUAACUGAAAGACCAAAGCUGACCGAAAGACUGAAUCUGAGAUUCUGUGAUAAUAUAAAAUAAUAAUAAUAAUUUUGUUUUGGACCAGGAACACCAAAUUAGAGAUUUUCAGCACAGCACAAGGGGUAAUAGCUUACACGUCCUAUUGCAAACGAUUUGUAAGUUUGCCGUUCGUAAUUUUUUUUUCUUGUUAAAUAUUCUGUCUCUCCUGGAAAUGUGUUGCAUUAUGCAUAAACUGGAUUGUGUAAGCAAGUUCAUGUUGUUUUUAAGUGCUGGUCUAACAUUAUACUGUUUGCUUUGGAAAUGACUGUUAAAGUGUCAUACUGCUGAGAACGGUUUAUUGAUCAUUAUUUAUCAGUCUGCUAUAAUUUAAUGGUGGCUCUGAUGUGUUAAAAGAAUGAGAGAUGGUCAGUUGGGGAAAAGGUGCAUGAUAUACUGUAUGUUUAGUUAAGAAUAAAAGUACUCAUCACCACACAGAACUGUAAUCACAGAGUCCUUAUAAUAAACAACUGUAUUUCAUUUCAUUUAUAUCCUAUGACCUCUGUGAAUGCAGUAUAUGAGCUCACUGAACUGAAGUGUGUGUCUCUCAAGAAAUUCACCCAAUAAACACGUUUAUGAA